AUGGCUGCAGCUACUAUCUACCUUUCCCAUGUCUUCAUCACAUCUCCCAUAUGUUUUCUUUCUAAUGACCUUGGCAAAACUAUUAUUUUUUUUCUUCCUUUUUAUCUGCUUUCUUCACAUGAAUUCAUUAUUUUUCUCCUUAUUUUCUUCUUCCAUCUUUUUUUCCUCUCUCUUUUUCUUCCUCCAUUUUUGAAGGGCAUUAUCAUCAUCUUCAUUGAAUCUUUUUCCUUUUUCUUUUAUUCCUUUUUCCUUCCUUUUUUCUUUCUUUAUUUUCUUCUCUUUUUUCUUCACACUAAUUUAUCUUUUUACUUCUUUUUUUUUCCUUGUUUUCUUCUUUCUUCCUUCAUUCUCUCUCCUCUCUUUUUUGCUCUCCCUUUUUUCGUUUCUCAAAUAGAAUUAUCACUUUCAUGGUUUUUUUACUUUUUUCUUAGUUUUUCUUCUUUUUCUUUUCUUUUUUCUUCACACCAAUUGACUAUCGUUUUUCUUAUUUUCUUCUUUUAUUUUAAAUCUUUUCUCACUCUCCUAUUUUUAUUUCUGAUUCUUUCUAGAUAUAUAUUUCUUUAUUUUUUUUUCUUUCUCUUUAUUUUUAUUCUUCCCUUUCUGCUUUUAUCCUUUCUUUUCCUCAUUCUGUUCACUUUGUUCCAAUUUCCAGAAAGAAUCCAUCAGUCCCUCCUUCUCUCUUUAUAUACCCUUCACAUCUCCUUUUUCCCUUUCUUUUACUCACUUUUUAUUUUCAACUUGCUCAACAUUACCUUUCUGUUCAUUUCUCCUGUUCUCUCUUUUACUUUUCCUCUUUUCUCCAUCCAUCUCUUAUACAACUCACUCCUUCAUUCCCUAGUGCUCUCUUUCCUCUAUAUUUCUCAUUUUGUUUUGCCUUAUAUCUUCUUUUCUUCAUUUUUUUCUUUGAUUAAAUUACACCACAUUGCUUUUAUAUUCUUUCCUCAUAUUCCCCCUUUCUCUUUUUCUUCACACUCUUCCUUUCUCUUUUCCUUAGUUCUUCUACUCCCUCAUUCCCUUACUCUUUCUCUUACCUUUCUAUUUCUCCCUCCCUUCUCCUCACUAAUUCUCCUCCCACCUCUUACUGUCCCUCCUACUUCCUCAUUCCCUAAUGUUUUCUCUUUAACUUACUUUUUUACUUCUCCCUUCCUUCCUCUCUUUCUCAUUUACUCAUCAUCAUUUUUUUUUAUCCAAUCAUUUAUCAUUGUUUUUCUUUCUGACCUGCAAUCAGUUUUGAAUGCACAUAAUGAACAAACCCUCAUCAACCCAUCCCCCUCCCAUCGUAUUCUUUGUUAUCACAGCAAGUAA